AUGGGAGCUCCGCAGUACCUGUACGGCAGACGCAAGCUUGGCCCGGGAGAGUACGGUAUUUACGAAGACAUCGACUACGGAGGCGUGAAGCGUCUCUCACAGAUUUCUCACGUGUCAGAGGCCAACAGCUCCAUUGGAAAGGGAGAAUAUGCAGACAUAGACCAGGAGCGAGGUAGCAUCGAAGAUGGUUACAACGACGUGGAAAGUGGAACGCCCUAUCUUGCAAAGGAGUACUACGAUGACGUGGAGGGCGAGGAUAUUGAAAUGGAGGAGAUGAACGAGCGCGGUAAGGAGGGCUACGAUGAUAUUGGAUCACCUACCGACACAAAAUGGAAAUCAGGAAUCACCGGGAAGGAAGCUCAGAAGCCCGGGAACGAAUAUUACGAUGACAUCGAUGAUCCUGACUCAGCGAUGAAAGGAAUCACCGGGAAGGCAGCUUGGAAGCCCGGGAAUGAAUAUUACGAUGACAUCGAUGAUCCUGACUCAGCGAAGGAAGGAACCGCCUGUAAGGCAGCUCGGAAGCCCGGGAACGAAUAUUACGAUGACAUCGAUGAUCCUGACUCGGCAAAGGAGGGGCUACUCAAGACUGCAGAUCCGGAGGAGACAAGUGGCAGAGAUUACGAGAACGUUCCUGAAUCUUCCUCAGCUCAGGCUGGGAGAAAAGGACGUCCCGCUGGGCUACUCAAGACUGCAGAUCCGGAGGAGACAAGUGGCAGAGAUUACGUGAACAUUCCUGAAUCUUCCUCAGCUCAGGCUGUAGGAAAAGGACGUCCUGCUGGGCUACUCAAGACUGCAGAUCCGGAGGAGACAAGUGGCAGAGAUUACGAGAACGUUCCUGAAUCUUCCUCAGCUCAGGCUGGGAGAAAAGGACGUCCCGCUGGGCUACUCAAGACUGCAGAUCCGGAGGAGACAAGUGGCAAAGAUUACGAGAACGUUCCUGAAUCUUCCUCAGCUCAGGCUGGGAGAAAAGGACGUCCCGCUGGGCUACUCAAGACUGCAGAUCCGGAGGAGACAAGUGGCAGAGAUUACGAGAACGUUCCUGAAUCUUCCUCAGCUCAGGCUGGGAGAAAAGGACGUCCCGCUGGUGAGAACCGAGAUUGA